AGAGAGGGGCCGGGGCGCGCGCGCACACACACUCACUUUUUUUUUCUCUUUUUUUCCGAGGGGGGCAAAAGAAAUCGGGAUUUUCUUUCCUCCUUUUUACCACAGGAAAACUAUAGUUCUUUGAAAAAAAAACCAACAACUGAAGAAGUAACAUUUAAUUGUGGGUCGGCCGUUUCGCACCGAGGUGUUUUUUUUUCGCUUUUUCUUCAGGAUUUGGAAACGCGAAGGAUUUCGCUCCCCCUUUCCCUUUCCCUCACCUCCCCUCCCACGCCACCCCGACCGCUUUUCUCUCUGAACCCCCCCCCCUUCAGUCGGUUGAUUUUUCGGUGGGAUUUUAACUAACGUGAGGGCCCUGUGGUUGCGAUGAUUUAAGGAACGGGGUAAAUGUUUUUGAAGUUGCUGUUGGUUGGACUCGGGCAGCUCACCGCCCCCCUCUGGUUCGGCGGCGGUGCAGAGUGAUGAGUCCGGUGGAUGGGUGAACUUGUUUUGCCUUCACUCUGUGUCUGUUUCCCCUUCUCUCUCACUAAAUAUAUUUUAUAUACUAGGUAUAAAACAUUUUAUCAAUAUCAAAUAAAGUUGAUAUUUAUACACAUGCGGCCGAUCGCAAUGUUUGAUGCACUUUCCCCCUCCUGAAAUUAUUCGGGCCCUGUUUGUUGAUUUUGUUUUUCUCUUCAUUAUUUUUUUGGCUGCGUGCGGAAAGAGGGGGAAAAAGAGAAGGGGAGCUGGGGCUUUCCAUUUUUUUGGGGCCUUUUUGGAGGGGUGGAGAGGAAAAAAAGUGAAGGAAAGUGGCGCGGGAAGUAGAGGAGAUGGAGUUGCAAACUCUGCAGGAGGCUCUGAAAGUGGAAAUCCAGUUUCAUCAGAAACUUGUGGCACAGAUGAAACAAGAUCCACAGAAUGCUGAUUUGAAGAAACAGCUUCAUGAAUUGCAAGCCAAGAUAACCACACUCAGUGAGAAACAAAAAAAAGUUGUUGAACAGCUGAGGAAAGAUUUAAUGGUGAAACAGGACCACCAUGAAGGCAAAUUGCCAAUGCAACAGCCACAGAUGCAGCCACAACAGCAACAACAGAAUGUACCACAGCUGAGCAGCCCACAGAAGACAAUAAGUGAACCUUCAGUUGUUACCACAAAGCAGAUUCCACUUACUCUACUGAAAACAACACAUACUGUGCCUGCCUCAGUCCUUUCACCAAGACCCACCAUUGCCAUGGUAACAGCUCUAAGCAACCCUCAGAAACCAGUGGUUAAUACAGACUCUCAAAACACACCCAUCAACCUACAGAUUACCAACAAACUGACAACUCUGGGGGCUGACGCUGUACGAAUAAUGCCAAAAUCAACUGUACAGUUGCAGGUACAGACGACAAACUCCCCACCAAUCAAGGUACCCCAGUUCAUUCCUCCACCCAGGCUGACGCAACGCCCAACCCUUUUACCACAGGUUCGUCCAAAGCCAGUGAUGCCAAAUAGCAUUCCGAUUGCACCUGCCCCUGUGUUUACAACUUCACAACUUAUCCAGCGACCAGUGAUGCUAACAAAACUAACGCCCACAACUCAGUCAUCAGCUGCAAAUUCCAUACAUCAAGCCAGAAUUGUGAAUGGACAACCUACUGCUGUCACCAAGACGCUACCAACUGCUCAGUUAACAGGCAUUGUCAUAGCCACCUCUGGUCCUAAGGUGGCUAGUCCGCAGCAGCUGAAACUCAGCAAAACAAAUUUGGACAAUAAGACCAUUAAACUUCAGGUUGAAUGGGAAGAAAAGCAGACUGAUGCUAGUCCUACUUCUCCAGUUCCACCUAAACCCAAGAAAGAGGAGAACCCAGAGAAAGUUGCAUUCAUGGUUUCUCUGGGGUUGGUUACACAUGAUCACCUUGAAGAAAUCCAAAGCAAAAGACAAGAAAGGAAACGACGAACAACUGCAAAUCCAGUGUAUAGUGGAGCGAUCUUUGAACCAGAGCGCAAAAAAUCUGCAGUAACUUACUUGAACAGUCCUGUGCAGCCUGGGACACGGAGAAGAGGUCGCCCUCCUAAGUACAAUCACGUGUUGGGUUUGGGGGCAAUGGCACCUUCCUCCCCUCCGAGUCAUCCUGCCUCCCCAGAUUUCGAAAACACAGAGAAUUUGCUCAGUUUUGGUGCUUCAGCACAGUCUGCAUCCAGUCCCAGCUCUGUAGAUGGUUUGCCCUAUUUAGCCACAAGAGCUACUUUACAAAGGGGUCCUGUCAGCAAGAUGCAAGAUGAGACAAAUGACGUUGAAAACAUCACGAAAAAUACCACCUUGUCUGGUGACAUCCAUGAGGAUUUCUGCUCUGUGUGUCGACGUAGUGGACAGCUGCUGAUGUGUGACACUUGUUCUCGUGUGUAUCACCUGGAGUGCCUGGACCCACCAUUAAAAGCCAUUCCCAAAGGAAUGUGGAUUUGUCCUAAAUGUCAGGAGCAGAUUCUGAAAAAGGAAGAAGCAAUCCCAUGGCCUGGAACUCUAGCAAUCGUUCAUUCUUACAUUGCCUACAAAGCUGCAAAAGAAGAGGAAAAACAAAAGUUGUUAAAAUGGAGCGCAGAACUAAAGCAAGAGCGAGAACAGUUGGAACAGAAAGUUAAACAGCUGAGCAACUCCAUAACGAAGUGUAUGGAGACGAAGAACACAUUGCUCGCUCGACAGAAGGAUAUGCAAUCCUCGCUGGAAAAAGUAAAACGACUAAUACACCUGAUCCAGGGUAUACAGCUCACAAAAAAUGAUUCACCAACAGAUGAGGCUGUCAACAACCCCACAGACUAUAUGAAUGCUCCCACCGUUGAACCUUCACCAGUGAACUGUGACAGCAAUUUAGAGACCAAGUAGCUGAGAGAAAGGGCUAGAUACUGUAGAACUUACAAACCUUUCUGGGAACAAAAUUGUGACAGGUUGUUCCUGACUUGCCAAUUGAAGGGGGAUUCUGUGCUGGAUUUUGUUCUUAUAGAUCCACAUUGGGAGCGCCAGCUUGGUAAGAACCAGCGUCAAGCCAAGUGAAAUACCAGUGUGUGCCUGCUGCCACCAAUUUGGGUUUUAGUUUGUCUACUCUUCAGGGAAAUAGUUAGAAAACAAUGGUCAUGACUUAAUGAUCUGCCCUGAUCAUGGAUUGCAUUCAUGAUUCUCAAGUCCAGGACUGCUUGAGCAGAACAGCAGAUAUUUAAUGCAGUUCAAUAUGAUGGGGAAACGUUGUGCAGAAAGCAGAAGUUGAAAGGCAUGGGUAUAUGUUGGUUCCGGUCUUUGACUGAAGUAGCAAAGGCAGAAUCAGAAGUACAUCCAGAGACAGGUACAUUGCGUAAUGGGCACAGCACAGAGUACAAUGAUAUUACUAUUUUGUUUUAAAUAUGAAAAAAAAACAAAUGGAGGUUUAUUAUUUGGAAGGUAUAUGGUGGCACCAAAACCAUGCAUGGCUUUUGAUGAAGAGUGUUUCUUUUUAACUUUAUUUUAAAAUGUCAUGUGGUUGUUCAUUGUACAAGUAGUUAUUUCAGUGUCUUGGGCACUGGAAAGACACAAGGCAGGCAGACUGAAUUUGUCCUGAGAUUUUGGGGGAGUUCAAGGUUUGGGAAAUAUUCAGGUCUUCCUAGUGUUAAACAAAUUAGAUAUGAAAAUUGUUGAGUGCUUUUGUUUCCUAAUGAUGUGAUUUAUAGAAAACAAAGUGUUAGAAGUUGAGCAGAUUCUGUAUAUAUAUAUAAAAAUGCAAAUAUAUAUUAUAUAUAUAUACAUCCCACACACACAGCCCCCACACAUCCACACACACACACACACACAGCCCCCACACAUCCACACACACACACACGCCCCACACAUAAACACCCCUCACACUUUCUCUGACUCUCUGUACGUGUAAAAAAAACAUCUGCUAUUGUCUGAACUGCCAAAAGCUAUAUUGAACCUGCAGGGAAUGAUCUUCAGUUUACUGGGGAAUAUACUGGAACAGUUUUACAGUUCUUACUAUUUCCAACUUCAUGAAAAGUGGGUUGAACAGGUAAUGAGAUCAGUUAAGUAUAAUGGUCGUAGGUCUUCAGUUAAUGUAAAGAAAAAGGAGUAAGUCUGUUGUUUGUUGUGCAAGUACAGCCAGAAUGGAAAUUUAUAUUUGCAUUAAUAUUUAAUGUUGGUUGUACUUAAUUUAACAUAUCAGAGUGUGCUUGCCUUUACUUUUGGCACAGUGAAAAAUUCAGCCAUUUAUACUUAUAUUUGUAAUUACUAACCAAACAACAUGGCAGAUGGAAGAAGGAAUUUCUUCUGAACUAGCUAUGUGAAGAAUUGAAUUUUCCUGAUUGCUGCCUACCCACUCUGACAAUGGUGCAUGUACAGAACAUUUUUUUUCUGGGAAGAAGGGGAGGGAGGAGUUUUCUUCAAAGAUAGUGAUUUUCUGUCAUUACUUCGUAUUGGUCUUUUACAAAGUUUUUAAACCCAAUUCUGAACAUUAGUCAUAUUAAAGAUAUUUUUUCAUUGAAUUGAUACUCAUUGCAAUUUAUAAAAAUAACAGAUAAACAUGAAGAAAAUCUAUCUCAAAGCCAAAAGAUUUUUUUCUGAUUUGGUUUGCAACCAAAUAUUCAUUGGUGAAAGCUGAAUAGUAAUUUAAAUAAAAAAAAAAGUGGUUGCAGAAGCAUUUCUGGAUGUAUCCCAAAAUCUUUAUUUCUUUAUUCUUUACAGUAUCUCCUAACAUCAGUGCUUCCCUCAACAAUCCUGCAUGAAAAUAGAUACUUAUUCUUCCUUUUCUUCUCAGUCAGGACAAACCUGUCAGUAAAUGUCUCUGUUGCCUUUAUUAGGACGUUCUGUUCUGCCGAUUAUAAUGCCUAUUUGAGAAUAAGCUGGAAAAUGAUAUUUAAAUUAAUAAUAUGAAAAAUCAUAAAUAUUUCAAAAUAACCUUGUAUACAUAAUGUCAUUUGGUAACUGCAGUGAGUCAAUUAUGAAGCCACCAAUGUUCAUAAUCAUUCUUAAUUGGCCUUGGUUCAGUUUCAAAGAGACUGUCAUGAUUUUUUGCUUGGUGGGCAUGGAGAUGUUACCAAAGUAUAUUACUUGCCUUCCUUUACUACAGUCUGUCCUGGUCAUAUUUAGCCCUUAUUUAACAUUUACUACCAUUUCUUAUUGGUACACUAUUUGUCACAUGCAGCAGUUAAUGGCUGUUUGUGAGUUAAAAGCUAUAAAUUGUUAUGCUUUGCUAACAUACAAAAACUUGUGUUUCAGUUCACAUUGCCUUUGGAAAACACUUGAGUUCAUGACUUUUGAAGUCAUUGUCAUUUCUUUGUGUUCCAUUGUUCAUCACUAUCGUAAAUAAAUUUCACAAUGUCACCUAGA